UCUUCUCUCUCUAUUAUUAUUAUUAUUAUUAUUAUUUUAUUUUAUUUUAAUAUGAUUUGUUUAUAUACAUUCACACGAUACAGCACAAACAUGUACAUCCUAUAUAUGUAUAAUGUACUAUAUAUGAGGCCAAAGGUUCAGUUUCUGGAGUCUUGUUGUAGAGUUGGAGGACAUUGUAUCAUUGAGUUCUUAUUCUCUUCAGAAAAAGCACUAAAUAUUACUACUAUCGUACAUAUAUAUAUAUAUAUCACAUACAAUAUGACCACUUGGAAAAAGACCAUUGCAUCUCCAUUCAAGAAGGCUUGCACUUUCUUCAACCAACAACCCAGGGAACCUAAUAAGAAGUCUCAGCAAGGAAAUGGGAGCAGCGUGAUGGAUCUGCAAGGAGAAGUGAUGGCAUGCGCUUAUGAAGAUGUUCAAGUGAUGUGGUCUAUUCUUGACAAGUCCAAGUCCACACCUUCCAAGAUCACUUCUUGAUAAUCAAACCCACCAAAAAAAAAUAUAAUAAUAAUUUCAGAAGAAAAAACCCAAAAAAAAAAAAAGAAACAAAAGUUGCUCAUGUUUGCAGGGAAUCAUACUAGUUUAUUUGGAUCUGAUAUGCAUCUGUGUUACUCAUUUGUAGAUAUUAAUGUUGUUUUGGGACAAUGAUCCUGAAUUUGUUCAAGUGGGAAGACCAAGAAAAAGGUGGAAUUGAAGGUUGCCCCAAAUAGGUCUCAUGGUCAUUUUUUUUUUCCAGUCAAGAUUUUAAGCUAUAGGGAAUCCCUGUGAUUAAAUGAAAAAUCACGGCGAGAUUAUUAAUGGGAUUGAGAAUUUUAUUUCUUAUCACUUG